GGCUCUUUUCUUUUUGUCCUCUCUUCCUCUUUCCCGUCGGAGCUCGCAAAGCUCUCUCCUCAGGAAUCAAAAACCCUAAAACACAUUCACUGUAUCUUCAAAAUCUGCGUGCGACGAUGGUAGAACCAAAUCAGCUCACUCAACAUCUCGAAACUUUUGUUGACAUCACUCGUUCCCCUACUCAACAGGAUGAUAGUCUUAAAGCGAUUGCUUCUUCUUUGGAGAAUGAUUCUUUGUCUAUUAACCAAUUGGUUAGAGAGAUGGAGAUGUAUUUGACGACAACGGAUAACGUUGUUCGAGCACGAGGUAUUCUCCUACUUGCGGAGAUUCUCGAUUGUUUGAAAGCAAAGCCGUUGAACGAUACAAUUGUGCAUACUCUCGUUGGAUUCUUUACCGAAAAGCUGGCAGAUUGGAGAGCGGUGCGUGGGGCACUUGUUGGUUGUUUGGCUCUAAUGAAGAGGAAAGAUGUAGCUGGUGUCGUUACUGAUAUCGAUGCACAAGCUAUGGCGAAGUCAAUGAUACAGAAUGUGCAAGUGCAAGCUUUAGCACUGCAUGAGCGCAAGCUCGGUUUUGAACUUCUGGAGUGCCUUUUACAACAACACUCUGAAGCUAUUGUGACUAUGGGCAAUCUACUUGUUUAUGCUACAUGUGAAGCCAUCGAUGGAGAAAAAGACCCUCAGUGUUUAAUGAUAGUUUUUCAUCUAAUAGAGCUUUUGGCUCAGUUGUUCCCCAGUCCUUCUGGUCCACUCGCUUCUGAUGCAUCUGAUCUUUUUGAAGUUAUUGGUUGCUACUUCCCACUUCAUUUUACGCAUACAAAAGAUGAUGAAGCUAAUAUUAGAAGAGAGGACCUCUCAAGGGGACUAUUGCUGGCGAUCUCUUCAACACCUUUUUUUGAACCGUAUGCUAUUCCUUUGCUUCUUGAAAAGCUUUCUUCUUCUCUACCAGUCGCAAAGGUUGAUUCUUUGAAAUGUUUGAAAGAUUGCGCUAUGAAAUAUGGAGUAGACAGAAUGAAGAAGCACUAUGGAGGUCUUUGGUCUGCUUUGAAAGAUACAUUUUAUUCUUCCACUGGGACACAUUUGUCAUUUGCUCCAGAAUCCCUCACUAGUCCAGGGUUUGAAAUGAAUGAGAUCCACAGAGAAGCUGUUAGUCUUCUUCAGAGGCUUGUUAAGCAAGAUAUCUCGUUUUUAGGUUUUGUUGUUGAUGAUAUAGGCAUAAACAUGGUCUUUGAUACCAUCUCUAGAUACUCUCAGUAUAAAGAAAUGCCUGACACAAGCAAACUGGAGGUUCUUGUUAUCAGUCAGAUACUGUCUGUUUCUGCCAAAUCUUCGGUUCAGUCAUGCAACAUAAUCUUUCAAGCCAUUUUCUUCCGCCUUAUGAAUACUCUAGGGAUUGUAGAGAAAACUUCUACUGGCGAUGUUGUUCAAAACGGAAACUCUACGGUCUCUACCAGACUCUACCAUGGAGGUCUUCAUCUUUGCAUUGAACUUCUUGCAGCCUCAAAAGAUCUUAUCCUGGGUUUCGAGGAAUCUUCUCCAACACCUGGAUAUGCACAGGAAUCAUGGUUCUCUAUGGUGAAAAGCUUCUCAGUUCCAUUGAUCCAGGUGUUCACUUCUGCAGUACUCAGCUCUAAUGAUGAUUCUGUUACGGAUGUAUAUUUUGGAGUAAAGGGUUUGCUGACUAUGGGUAUGUUUUGGGGCGGCUCUUCUCCUAUUUCGAGAUCCGAAUUCGAGAAGAUUUUGAUGACCUUAACAUCAAUCAUCACAGCCAAGAGUGGCAAAACAGUGGUCUGGGAAUUGGCAUUGAAAGCACUGGUCUGCAUCGGCUCAUUUAUUGAUCGGUAUAAUGAGAGUGACAAGGCUAUGAGCUACAUGAGUAUAGUUGUCGACAAUUUGGUCUCAUUGGCCUGUUCUAGUCAUUGUGGUCUUCCAUAUCAGAUGAUAUUAGAAGCAACUUCAGAAGUUUGCUCCACUGGGCCAACGUAUGUGGAGAAAAUGGUUCAAGGAUUGGAAGAAGCUUUUUGUUCCAGUUUGUCUGAAUUUUAUGUCAAUGGAAACUUCAAGUCAAUUGACAAUUGCUCUCAGCUCCUAGGGUGUUUGACCAACAAAUUGCUUCCAAGUGUGGCUGAGAUAGAUGGUCUCGAGAAACUCUUGGUGCAUUUCGCUAUCAGUAUGUGGAAUCAAAUUGAAACCUCUGGAGUUUUCAGUUGUGAUUUUAAUGGAAGGGAGUUUGUUGAGGCAGCGAUGACAACGAUGAGGCAAGUUGUAGGAAUUGCUUCGGUAGAUUCACAGAACAGUAUAAUCCAAAAAGCUUAUAGUGUGGUAUCAUCAAGCACGCUUCCAGCUAUGGAGUCUAUUCCUUUGACCUUUGUUGCAUUAGAGGGUCUACAGCGUGACCUUUCCUCUAGGGAUGAAUUGAUACUUUCACUAUUUGCAUCAGUUAUCAUAGCUGCGUCCCCUGCAGCAUCCAUUCCAGAUGCAAAAUCACUUGUACAUCUGCUUUUGGUAUCACUUCUUAAGGGUUAUAUCCCAGCUGCUCAAGCUUUGGGUUCAAUGAUUAACAAAUUGGGCUCGGGUUCUGGUGGAACAAAUACGUCAAGGGAUUGUUCCUUGGAAGAAGCAUGUGCUGUAAUAUUUCAAGCAGAUUUUGCAUCGGGAAAAAAGAUUUCUUCUAAUGGAUCUACUAAAAUUAUGUUUGGAAGUGAGACUACCUUGUCAAAGAUAUGUUUAGGCUACUGUGGUUCCCUGGACCUUCAAACCCGUACAAUAACAGGACUAGCAUGGAUUGGGAAAGGUUUACUCAUGCGGGGUUAUGAAAGAGUUAAUGAAAUAGCGCUGGUACUAGUGGAGUGCUUAAAAUCCACUAACUGUUCUGGGCAUGCUUUGCAUCCUUCUGCCAUGAAACAUGCAGCAGAUGCAUUCUCCACGCUAAUGUCUGAUUCGGAAGUGUGUCUGAACAGAAAAUUUCAUGCAGUUAUACGACCACUCUAUAAGCAGCGGUUUUUCUCUACGAUAGUUCCCAUUUUGGAGUCUUUGAUUAUGAAUUCCCAGACUCCACUAUCGAGAACAAUGUUACAUGUAGCUCUCGCUCAUGUUAUUUCCAAUGUUCCAGUAACGGUCAUAUUGGACAAUACCAAAAAGCUACAACCGUUGAUACUGGAAGGCUUGUCUGUCUUAAGCUUAGACUCUGUGGAGAAAGAAACUCUUUUUAGUCUAUUACUGGUUUUAUCAGGAACCCUUACUGAUACCAAAGGAAAACAAUCUGCCAGUGAUAAUGCACAUAUAAUCAUCGAAUGCCUGAUCAAGCUUACUUCAUAUCCGCAUCUAAUGGUUGUUAGAGAAACAGCGAUUCAGUGUCUCGUUGCACUGUUGGAAUUGCCUCAUAGAAGGAUUUAUCCUUUCAGAAGAGAGGUUUUACAAGCAAUAGCAAAGUCACUCGAUGAUCCGAAACGGAGAGUUCGGGAAGAAGCGAUUAGAUGCAGACAGGCUUGGUUAGUCACAUAAAACUGAUGAGUAGUCUUUUUAUGACUCGUAAUUGCGGCUUUUAAUCAAUAUCCUGUGAAAUU